AUGGCUACAGGUGAAAAUGCUGACUCACAACAGUACGCACGAAUAUCGGAUAUUAUUAAAGAACCACUAGUGAUGCACGUGCCAAUUGAAGGAUACGAAGAAAUGCCAAUAGUACCAUUAAGAGAAGCUGUUGUACCACUUCUUUCGAUUAUACCUAAAAUUCAACAUUACGCUGAUAUUGCAAAAAAACGAUGUGAGUCCGUACCUCCCGAUGAUUUAACACAAGAUGAAUCAGCUUCAAUCAUGCUUUACUCAAUGGAAUGGGAACCACAUGAAGAGUGUUUAUCUUUUGCCCUUAAUGCAACUCUUCGCACUGAAGACAGACAAAAAUUAAAGCCAUGGUUUUCGUAUCUGAAACUUCUUCUUACAGCACUCGAAAAAUUACCAUCCACACCGUCCAAUGUCGUUCGUGGAAUGAAUUUAGAUCUAGCGAAUCAAUAUAGUGUAAGAAAAACAUUUGUCUGGUGGGGAUUUUCUUCAUGUACAACAUCAAUAGAAGUACUCGAAAAAGAACAAAUUUUAGGCAAAACUGGUCAAAGAACAGUAUUUACUAUCGAAUGUGACAGUGGCAAAGAUAUCAGUCGUCACUCGUAUUAUAAAUCGAAAAAAGAAGUUCUUCUUCUGCCUGCUCGACAAUUUAUGGUAGUAGGUUGUUUUGAACAAGCACAAGGUCUUCAUAUAAUUCAAUUAAAAGAAACAAUGCCUCCAUUUACUCUUUUACAACCAGUUACAAAUCAAUCUGUGCAAAUUCAAUCAACAUCGGGACAAAUUCAAAUGAGAAUCAAUCAUUAUAAUCAAUAUGCAAUUACUGUUGCUGGAGGAAAAGGGGAUGGACAACAAUUAAAUCAACUCAAUAGUCCUGAGGGAAUUUUUAUUGAUACUAAAAGAUUAAUUUAUAUUGCUGAUUCUGGAAAUCAUCGUAUUAUUAAAAGAAACUUAAGUUUAAAUACUGAUAAAAUUAUUGCAGGUGGAGAUGAAAAUAAUCAAUUGACUUUUCCAACCAAUAUAGUUUUUGAUAAAAAAACUAAUUCUUUUAUUAUUUCUGAUAAGGAGAACAAACGUGUAAUUCGAUAUUUUGAUAAAAAUCAAACAAAUCAACAAAUUAUGAUCUCAAAUAUUUAUUGCUCUCGUCUGACAAUCGAUAAAAAUGGAUUUAUUUAUGCUUCUGAUUUGGAGAAUAAUGAAGUAAGACGAUGGAAACAAGGAGAUACAAAAGGUGAAUUAGUUGCAGGUGGAAAUGGUAAAGGAAAUAAACUCAAUCAACUCAAUGAUCCUACUUUUAUCUUUGUUGAUGAAGAUCAAUCUGUUUAUGUAUCAGAUACUGGCAAUCAUCGGGUCAUUGUUGAUGAUUUGGAUCAAAUCUAUGUCGCAGAUUGUAAUAAUCAUCGAGUAAUGCGUUGGUGUGAAGGAGAUAAAGAAGGUGAAAUUGUUGUUGGCCGAAACGGAAGAAGAAAUCAGCCAUAUCAUUUGAAUCAACCCACACGUUUAUCAUUUGAUGAUGAAGAAAAUCUUUAUGUUGUUGAUAAAAACAAUCAUCGAAUCCAAAAAUAUGAAAAACUUUCGAAUUAA